CAACAGUAUAUAUACUACAUGGACUACAUCACGUCAAACCCACCUGUUUGUAAAUAAUGUUAAAAGCUUAAACACUCGUCUGAUUCAAUUCUCCUCUCUGUCAAAACCAAUAUUCUUUCUUUUUCUUCGUCUCCACAGAUCCCUAUAAUCAUAUUAGCCACUUCAAAUUGUACAUAAAAGCUUCGUUUUUUCUAUACGUAAAGAGAGAAGAAGAGCUUUUUUGGGGGUUGAAUCGCUUCCUGUUCUUGAAUUUUGUUUGGGUAGCGGUUCCAUUUAUAGAAAACUUUGAAUUACGAUGGGGCCGCCGCAGUGCGUAUUGGUGACCGGUGGUGCUGGGUAUAUAGGGAGCCAUACUGUGCUGCAGUUAUUAUUGGAAGGUUACAAGACGGUGGUUGUUGAUAAUUUUGAUAAUUCGUCUCAUGUUGCUAUCCAUCGAGUUCAGAAACUCGCCGGUGAUUAUGGACGUAACCUGUCUUUUCACAAGAUUGACAUCCGUAAUAAGCCUGCAUUGGAGGAACUUUUUAAGUCAACAAAGUUUGAUUCUGUUAUUCAUUUUUCUGGAUUAAAGGCAGUUGGUGAAAGUGUGAAGAAGCCGUUGAUGUAUUAUGACAACAAUAUCAUUGGUACUUUAACUCUAUUGCAAGUUAUGAAUGCCCAUGGAUGCAAGAAGCUAGUGUUUUCAUCAUCAGCCACUGUUUAUGGAUGGCCAAAGGAGGUACCAUGCACUGAAGAUUUUCCUUUAUCUGCAGCCAAUCCGUAUGGAAGAACCAAGCUGAUGAUUGAGGAGAUGUGUCGGGACAUAUAUGCUUCAGAUUGUAAGUGGAAAAUUAUUCUGUUGAGGUAUUUCAAUCCUGUUGGGGCCCACCCUAGUGGUGAUAUUGGUGAGGAUCCUCGUGGGGUUCCAAACAAUCUCAUGCCAUUUGUCCAGCAAGUAGCAGUUGGUAGGCUACCUACACUUACAGUCUUUGGAACUGACUACUCCACCAAAGAUGGAACAGGGGUACGUGAUUACAUACAUGUUGUAGAUUUAGCAGAUGGACACACUGCUGCUUUGAUGAAACUCUCGGACCCUAAAAUAGGCUGUGAAGUCUACAACUUAGGAACGGGUAAAGGCACAUCAGUGUUGGAGAUGGUAGCAGCUUUUGAGAAGGCAUCAGGAAAGCGAAUUCCUGUUGUGACAGCUGGGCGUCGACCUGGCGAUGCUGAGGUGGUAUAUGCAUCAACAGAGAAAGCAGAACGCGAAUUGAACUGGAAGCCAAAGUAUGGGAUAGAUGAGAUGUGCAGAGAUCAGUGGAAUUGGGCGAGCAAGAACCCGUAUGGUUAUCUAACCAAAGAUGAAGAUGAAGCCAAAUCCAAAUCCAAAGCCAAAGAAAAUUAA